UCAUUCACUCCCUCAUUAUAUCACGCCUUGACUACUGUAACUCCCUCCUCAUUGACCGACCUCAUCGCAGGCUAUCCCCCCUCCAGUCUCGAUCUGUAUCUGCCACCCCUCUCUGCCAAUCCCUCCACUGGCCUCCAUUCAGUGUCCUCCACCCCUCUCUGCCAAUCCCUCCACUGGCCUCCACUCAGUGUCCUCCACCCCUCUCUGCCAAUCCCUCCACUGGCUUCCAUUCAGUGUCCUCCACCCCUCUCUGCCAAUCCCUCCACUGGCCUCCACUCAGUGUCCUCCACCCCCCUCUGCCAAUCCCUCCACUGGUCUCCAUUCAGUGUCCUCCACCCCCCUCUGCCAAUCCCUCCACUGGCUUCCAUUCAGUGUCCUCCACCCCUCUCUGCCAAUCCCUCCACUGAUCUCCACUCAGUGUCCUCCACCCCCCUCUGCCAAUCCCUCCACUGGCCUCCACUCAGUGUCCUCCACCCCCUCUGCCAAUCC